AUGGCUAGUAGAAAUUCAGCUUUAGGCCAGCUAAACAACAAAAUCUGCCAGCAACCAACAAACAUUUAUUUGGCCAAGAAUUCAAAUAUGCGCGCCGAACUGCACGUUUGGAAAUAUCAACUGUUGAAGCUGAAUAUCGCGCUGACAUCGCCGUACUGA